AUGGCUCGUGGACCGAAGAAGCAUCUUAAGCGUCUAGCGGCACCAAAGCAUUGGAUGCUUGACAAACUCGGAGGAGUUUUCGCUGUUCGACCAAGGAGUGGACCUCAUAAGCUUCGAGAAUGUUUGCCUCUCAACCUCUUCCUUCGCAAUCGUCUGAAGUACGCCUUGAACUAUUCCGAGGUGAAGAAGAUUAUGCGUCAGCGUGUUGUGAAGGUUGAUGGAAAGAUCCGCACCGACCACAAGUUCCCCGCCGGAUUUAUGGAUGUGAUUAGCAUUGAGCGAACCAAUGA